UCAGGCGUCCCCGUUGCGUAGAAACGAAACCCGUCGGGGGCAUCAUGCUCCAUCUACAAACUUUUAAUACAUGGACGUCGAAGAGGGCAGAAAAGCAAUUGACAAUUUAUUUUAAUAGACAAAACGUACACACACAAGGCGGUUAUUGACAUUUGGGUUCGUUUGUUUGGUUAAUAAUCAGCAUCAAGGGUAAUUUAGUAAGCGGUGCUAGCCGACUGUGAGCUAGCUGGUGGUUCAGUGUUGAAGGUAAAAUACCCAAAUAAUACUUUAUAAAGACGCGUUUAAUACACGGUCUUCAGUCUGCUGUUCUCGUCUUAGCAGGCUCCUAUUUUAUUAAUGUGAAAACCCGACGAAUGAGGUGAAAUGUGUGACAUGACGAGCUAACCAAAGGCAAGCUAGCUAACGUUUGUUCUAACCUCGGAUAAGAGCUCUUUGAGUGUUUCUCUUCUCGGGGCUCAUUGAGACCUUCCCACUGCUUUAUUAAGUUACAUUCAAAUAUACACGUGUUGGCUAAUACCAUAAAACGGGCCAAAGCAAUCUAAAGUAACAGAAUAAUCAUGGCUGGUGAAGGUGGCAGCAUCCCUGAGUUGGACCAGAUGAAGUACGAUGCAGAAGAACAAGUGAAGAUCAUCUGCCUGGGAGACAGCGCAGUGGGGAAGUCUAAGUUGAUGGAGAGGUUUCUCAUGGAUGAAUAUCGUCCCCAGCAGUUGUCGACCUAUGCGUUAACUCUGUACAAACACACAGCCACUGUAGGAAACAAAACAGUGUCGGUUGAUUUCUGGGACACAGCUGGUCAGGAGAGAUUUCAGAGCAUGCAUCCAUCAUACUACCACAAAGCACAUGCAUGCAUCAUGGUCUUUGAUGUUCAAAGGAAGAUCACUUAUAAGAAUUUGGCCACUUGGUAUAAGGAGCUGAGAGAGUACAGACCAGAGAUACCCUGUUGUGUCGUCGCAAACAAAAUUGAUGCUGAUUUGAAGGUGACACAGAGAAGUUUUAACUUUGGGAAGAAGCAAGGACUUGCUUUUUACUUUGUAUCAGCAGCUGAUGGGACUAAUGUAGUUAAGAUGUUCAGAGAGAUGAUCAAUAGAGCGGUGGACUACAAGCAAAACCCCAGCGACUUCAUGGAUGAAGUGUUGCAAGAGUUAGAGAACUUUGACCUGGAGAAGAAGGAAGAAAACUCAGACGCAGAUGGGGACGGAUUGAACGCAGAGAGUCCAGAGUUGGACUGAAAAGUGUUUACAGAUCCUCAAAAACCAAGGUGUCAUCUCAUGGAUCAUUAGCUCUCCUCUGGGGUUGAUGCUGUGAAUAAGUUAUGUUUUAUGUGAAAAUAUCAAAGAUCUCAGAUUAUCUUUAAAGGACAGCAUUUUGUCUUCAGUUACCUUUAGCGGUGGAGGCUGGCAGACAUUUUUCAGUGAGGUUUAAAGUGACUGCCCUCCAUCGCUCCUGUGACAUUGAAAGGGAUAUAAACCCGGUGUAAUAAUAAGAACUUGUUUUAUUCACUGUUUGAAUUUAUUUUUUGUGUCCUCAUUCUUACCUUGUCCACCAGUAUCUACUAUAAUAUUAGUAGAAAAUCCUAUCAGACUGAUUGUUCAUUUAUUUGUAUCAUGUAAUAAGAAUGUGAAUCCUUGAACAGUUGCCCGUGUAGAGCAAAGUGAACUUUUGAUUGUGAACCAAACAUGCUGCUGUUCUCCAUGUUUGUGUGUAGUAGCUCCAUCUGUUGGCUGCUUUCGUUGCAUUUAUUUUAUGAUGAAAAGUCUGGUGUUCACAUCUUUCAAAGGGAAAUGUAAUGUACCUUGUAACCAUGUAUUUUUAUGUGUCUGACUUGCUGUGAUCCUGGCACAAGAGCACAGUCUGUUUCAUUGAAGAAAUCUGCUGCAGGGUAUGUAUACACAGACAUCACUUGUCCUUAAUGAUGGGUUCGAGGCAGUAGUUUGUGCAUUAAUUCAGAUUAGCAGGACUGUUAUACAAAGAACUGAACCAGUUUUCUAGAAGUUGACACUCACGUGAAAACCAAUUAUUCCUAUAUGAGCUUUAUGUUGUACAUAGAAACCGUGUAUCUAUAUUUUCUAUUUAUAUGUGACUGUUUUGUGUGUUAAUUACUCACAAUAAAUCACACUGGAACAUAUUUAUGACCCUAAAAUUCA